UGCGUAAGCAAGAGAUCAUUAAGAUAACGGAGCAGCUGAUAGAAGCCAUCAACAAUGGAGACUUUGAGGCAUAUACAAAAAUCUGUGAUCCUGGCUUGACCUCAUUUGAACCUGAGGCACUGGGGAACCUGGUUGAAGGAAUGGAUUUCCAUAAGUUUUACUUUGAGAACUUACUGUCGAAGAACAGCAAGCCAAUACACACCACCAUCCUGAACCCCCACGUCCACGUCAUUGGUGAAGAUGCUGCCUGCAUCGCGUACAUCCGCCUGACACAGUACAUCGAUGGCCAAGGCCGGCCCCGCACCACGCAGUCUGAAGAGACCCGCGUCUGGCACCGCCGAGAUGGCAAGUGGCUGAACGUCCACUACCACUGCUCUGGAGCUCCUGCAGCACCUCUCCAGUGA